GCAACGUCCGCAUCUCGGACCUGGGGCUGGCCGUGGAGCUGCCGGAGGGGCAGAGCAAGACCAGGGGCUACGCAGGGACGCCAGGCUUCAUGGCCCCCGAGCUCCUGCGUGGCGAGGACUACGACUUCUCUGUGGACUACUUCGCCCUGGGGGCCACCCUGUACGAGAUGAUCGCGGCCAGAGGUCCUUUCCGAGCCCGAGGAGAGAAGGUGGAGAACCAGGAGCUCAAGCAGCGUGUCCUGUCAGAGCCCGUGGYUUACUCAGACAAGUUCAGCCAGGCCAGCAGGGACUUCUGUGAGGCCCUGCUGGAGAAGGACCCGGAGAAGCGCCUGGGCUGGAGAGAUGGCUCCUGCGACGGGCUGCGGGCCCACGCCCUUUUCAAAGACAUCAGCUGGAGGCAGCUGGAGGCCGGAAUGCUGACUCCUCCCUUCAUCCCUGACUCCAGAACUGUCUAUGCGAAGAGCAUUCAGGACGUGGGUGCCUUUUCCACUGUCAAGGGUGUGGCCUUUGACAAAGCAGACUYGGAAUUCUUCCAGGAAUUCGCCUCAGGCAGCUGUCCCAUUCCCUGGCAGGAGGAGAUGAUCGAGAYGGGCAUCUUCGGGGAGCUGAACGUGUGGCGCCCUGACGGGCAGAUGCCGGACGACAUGAAGGGAGUCUCCGUGGGGGAGGCGGCUCCCGUGUCCAAGUCAGGACUGUGUCUGGUCUCCUAG